AUGUCUGAACGGGUGUUCUGGUUGGUGCACCUGUCCUCCGACGGCCGGCGAUUAGCCAGUGGCCUCGACCUGACUUUGUACAGGUUUGCUGUGAUGGAGUUUUGUAAAGAAAUUGAUGAUGGUGCAUCUGUUUCAAAGGAGGAAGAUAUAUUUGCAGUUAAAAAGAAGAACACUUAUGAUGAUAAAAUUGGAAUUGCUGAUCUUGUUGAUUCUAAAGAUAAAAGGCCAAACAGUGAAGAAGAUGCAGCUUCCAAACACAAAAAUCAUCAAGAGGACGACAAGUUACCGAACCAACCCGCCAAACACGAGGAGGAGAUAACAUCGAAACCAGAAGAAACCGAAAAUGAGACAAAUACUUUGCCACAGCUUACAGCUAUGGAGGUUAAAGUGGUUCAAGGAACAAGUGAUGUGGUAUUAGUAAACGGCCUGCUUCGUGUAGGAGAUCGUAUAGUUGUCGCUGGCUUGCAAGGACCCGUUGUUACCUCAAUUAGCGCGUUGCUAACACCCCACCCCGUCAAGAAGCUCAGAUUCAAGUAUUUGCAUCACAAAAAAAUCAAGAUUUCCAAGGGUAUCAAAAUUGCUGCACCGGGACUUGAGCAUGCUAUUGUAGGCGCUAGUCUAUACGUUGUGCGGCGUAAUGAUGAUAUCGAGGUCAUCAAAAAAUCUGCUAUGGCAUAUGUAAAUUCAGUGAUGAGUAGGAUUAAAAAAAAUGGUGAGGGAGUUUAUGUUCAGGCAUCUACACUCGCGUCUGUAGAAGCGUUGCUAGACUUUUCCAAGGCUCGGGAAGUUAACAUACCCGUGGGAGGUAUGAGUAUUGGUCCGGUACACAAGAAGGAUGUGAUGAGAGCGAGUGCCACGCUCGAGAAGAAAAGGGAAUGUGCAGCUAUACUUGCUUUAGGUGUUGAAGUAACACCAGAGGCUUCCCAACUUGCUCACCAGCUUGGUGUCAAAAUUUUCACUUGUGACGACAUACGCGGCCUUCUCCUUCAGUUCAAGUCUCACUUGGAUUACAUGGAUAAGAUAUUAGUACCAGUUUUUCCCUGUGUCCUCAAGAUCAUGCCCACUGUAAUCAUGAGGACGAAAUAUCCCAUCGUCUUGGAUGUUUAUGUCGUCGAAGGCAUUGCAAAGAUCGGAAAGCCUAUAUGUGUCCCGGGAAGAGAAUUUGUGGAAAUUGGUAGGAUAGUAUAUAUUCAAGAUGAUGAGCAUAGGGUUGUUGAUUAUGCCAUGAAAGGCCAAAGGGUGACCAUUAAUAUUCUUGGGAGCAAUCCGGAGGAGCUGCAGAAGAUGUUUGGGAGAGAUUUUGAGAUGAAAGAUGAGCUUGUAAGCAAGAUCACACCAGACUCAGUUUAUGCACUAAGAAAACAGUACAUGGGUGAUCUGUCUACUGAAGAUAAUACAUUACUCUUCAAAAUGAAGCAACUAUUCAAGAUAUAG